AUGGCCUUGAUGUCCUGCUCCGUCGCGGACCCCUUGAUAUCCCCCUCGGCUCGCUCUACUCCAAGCGAAGAAACGACCCCCGCGGAACUCAAUAUCGACGUGGAAUCCGACUCCCCCAAUUUGCUGCUUCUCCCUGUUGUGCCGCCACCCAUCCCACCGAAGCCCGCCCACCUGUCUCUCCUCGCGUUUCCUCGCUUGUCGGUGCUGGAGUCGCAUGUCCAUUCGCGACAGGUUUCCGAGCGGACCAUCGACGGGCUCAAUCGGUACGAGGACCCAGACCCAGUCCUCCCGCUGGAACUCAACCUCGAGCUCGAUGUAGACGGUGUGAUCGCGGCGAGAAAUCAAGGGGCAACAUCGCCCAGUUGGGAACAAGAUGAGGCCGAAAAGCGCGGCAAUGGCUCGCGUGGGGCCUACUAUGAUGCAGAAGGGCUUCGGCUCCAAUUCGAUGCGGGACAUAAUGCCUCUUCGGCAUGGGCUGUUGGAGUGGAGGAACACGAUCAUGAUCCGAGGGGUCUCCGAGAUGGGCUUAGGCGGACGACGGAGGACGCCCCUCGAGAGGCGAGGUCGUUGUACGCGUUCUUCGGGGAGAGCGAUAAUGAGCUAUCCUUCGAGGCCAACUCUUCACUUCUGAUCCACGCCCCCGAGAUCGGCUCAGGCUGGUCGUUAGCCAGUAUACCACAUACCGGCGCCCUCGGGCUCUGUCCGCAGAGCUACUACGUGUACAUCUCGGCCUUCACCCUUUCUCCCGGCUUACACUCCGGAGGGAGCUUUCUCUCGGCCCGGAGUGGCCGGAGUGGGUUUGGUGGAUCGCGGUUAUCUGUCGGGUCGGGCGGGUCGCGGAGCAGGCUCGGGAGUGGGGGUUCGUCUUAUGCCGCAGGUUUGGGAGGUUUGGGGUUCGGGAAGGGUACGGGCAAGGAGAAUGGGGCGGCGGGUAAUGGGGGACAAGGGACGCUGGAUUGGCUGAGGAGGAGUGUGCUCGGUGAGAGGUCACUGAAUCGACCUCUCACGCAUCCUACGCAUCUCACCUCUCUCAGCUUUUCCGGCUAUGUGCUCUCUGGCGCCGAAGAAUACAUCCUCCGGGGUGCCGGCCCAAUAUCCCCCAAGCAUGCUUCGAACGGCCAUGGACUUGGCCACGAUCACGACACGCAGGCGCACGAUGGCUCCUCACAGUUCAGCUCGGACGGAAUCGCAGGCGAGCGACAUCACGUUGAUGACGGGCCUCGAUGGAGGGAGUUGACGACACGGAUUCACAUCCGGGUGCAUGGCCCCGUCCGGCGUCAUGAUGCUAAUGGGAAGGACUUUGUCGAAUAAGACGAGGUCUCUUCUAUCACCUGCCCUCCAGCACAAUCCGAGGAUGGGGACGGGGAGGACGCGGCUCGACACUCGGUACAUCGCCGGUACUCACACUUCGACCAGCUACACAAGGCGCUAUCGACGAGGUGCCCAAUACUUGCACUGCCGCCACUCCCACCCAAGGCGGUCUCGAGCGGUCUGGACGGGGCGUUCCUCGAGCAGAGGAGGUACGGUUUGGAGCGGUGGUUAGGGAGGAUCGCACGGCAUCCCAUCGUAGGCAGCUGUCCUCUGUUUGAGGCGUUUAUCGGGGCAGAGGACAAUAGGCGGCUCAAGUGGCGAUCUGCUUUGCAGCACUUCCAAGCAGAGACUAUAGACCCCUCGUCGUUCUUCGCCAGUGUCUUCCACCCAGACUUCAACUUCGAGUUCGACGACGCGCAUGCCGCUUCCGAGCGGUUCGAAGGACAUGUCCGAUCGGUGGACCGGGGAGUAGACGGUAUUCGGACGAUGUGGAUGAGGCUACGCGAAGCGUCGAAGGAACAGUCCGACGCGCAUCGCGCGCUGUCGUAUUGCCUCCUAUCCAUGCUCACGGGACGGAAUCUCGGACCUCCAGUACAAGCGGUACCAGGCUUGGGACCAAUGGAACGACACCCAAGGGAUCCAACAGACGAGCCCCUCGCGAGCAAUCCCGAAGAGGACUUGAAGGAUACUGCGCACUCUGCGCCUCAGUAUGCGCGCGUCGUGGACACGCACCGGACCGCCUUGGCAAGGUACGCAGACACGAUGGUGACCGCCGAGCAGCACAGUCACGGGUCAAGCCGCAACGAAGUGGAAAUAUCCCGCUGUGAGACCGUACUCAACGCGACGCUCGCCGAAAUGGAUCAUCACCACUCGACCAAGCUGCACGACUUCCGCCGAAUCACCACGACGUAUCUCGACGGGGAGAUUGCUCACCAUCGCGCCGUGUUGGAGAAGCUCCAGGGCGCUCGUGAUGCGAUGGAUCUAGAUGAUGAGGAUGAUGAACAAGACCAAGGUCAAGACACGACAUGCCCACCAAGUCGGUAUGAAGGGCAGUUGAGGGCGCCGCACCAAGCGGAGCCGUUACCCAGGAGUGGGGAGCAUGUGUGGGACAGGGCAAGCCUGGGUGUGAUGAGUACGGGCAUGAGGGUGCUCGACGGACUCGGGCAGAUGGUCGGGAGGUGA